AUGAAGAACUUCAGAUGCAUUAUUGUUUUUCUCGCUUUUAACUCGCCUUUUGUGUGUGCAACCGGUGGCAGUGCGGUCAUAACUUGUUAUCUUUACGUUGACAAUUCGUGGGAAGAAACACAAGUGGUCAAAAACGCUUCCACACACCAAAUCAAAGAAAGUUGCCCCGAAAAUGUCGAUCAGACGAAGCGCAUCAAACUACAAGGGUCAGCGAAAAUUCUGUACCAAGAUUCCCUCAAGGACAUCUCCAAACUGUCCAAACUCGAAAUCGUAAAUGUGCACGUGGAAGAAAUUCAGCCUGGAACCUUCAAAGAUUUGCCAAAGUUUAACACCAUAGAUUUGAGCGACAACAAUUUGUACGAAAUUAAAACUGGAACUUUUGUAAAUCUGGAAGUUGUGUCGUUGUUCAUGCACAGGAAUUUGAUUUCGGUUCUACAUGAAGGAGCUUUCCAAAAUUUAUCGAAUGUAGCACAACUAACCCUUGAAAGAAAUCGUUUGCACGAACUGAAGCGGGGGGUCUUUCAAAAUGUGACUGUGGGGAAAUUCCUGCUGGGGAAAAACAACAUUUCUAAGAUAGAGAUCGGAGCCUUCGCUGAUAUGUUUCCAUACGACGAAUUUGGAAUACGUUUGUUUUUGACCAACAACCGUUUUGCAGAAAUAGACUCUUCAGUUUUUGACUGCAAAGGUAUUGGUACUUUGGGAUUAGCGAACAAUUUUAUUUCCACACUUCGACCAGGUGACUUGCGUAAUUUGCCUAAUUUGUACGAAAUCAUACUGACAGGAAACAAAAUCAAGAAAGUUCCAGAGGGAGUUUUCAAUGGUUCAAAAAUCACAGACAUUAUAUUGGGUUGGAACGUUAUUUCCGUUAUAGAAAGUGAAGCUUUUCGCGACAUGAAACACUUACAGUUUGUUGAUGUUAGGCACAACAAAGUGAAAGAAUGGGACAGUAACUGGUUCCGUGGGGCACCCAGCCUAAUAAUUAUAUUUUCGCAUAAUUCUUUACAAACAAUUCCUGCAGAAGGUUUCAAGAAUAUUCCACAAAACUCUACGUUGUACCUAGACCAUAACUGCAUCAAAAAUAUUUCAGACAGUGCUUUCAAUGGUAUAACAAUUUUGCAGGGUUUGAAUCUGAGGUCCAACGAAUUAGAAGAAUGGAAUGUCGACCUUUUGAAAAAUGUAAAAAUUCACGAUUUUGAUCUUACGAGAAACAAAAUUGAAUGCCCUAUAGGUGGUCCACGUUCUUUAGCCCCCAAAGCGGACAUAGUUCGUGUCAGUGCAUGUUCUGAAGUUGAAAAGAAAUGA